AUGUCAAGAGACGCACCUUUGAAAGCAGAAAAGGAUUAUAGUGAUAUUUUAAAGGAGGAAUUUCCUAAGAUUGAUAAAUUGAUUUUACAAGACACGGAUUAUACGGAACCUUUAAAUAAAUUACUUACAUGGGAGAAAAAGACUAGACAAGCCGCAGAUUUGUCUUCUUCCAAACAGGUCUUGGCUAAGAUUGUAGAUAUGUUGGCCAAUAAGGGACAAUGGGAUGAAUUGAAUGAACAGUUGAUCUUAUUAUCCAAGAAGCAUGGUCAAUUAAAGUUGUCUAUCCAGUAUAUGAUUCAGGAGAUCAUGAAAUAUUUGAGAGAUGAUUCGGAAUAUAAUGUCAAGAUUGAUUUGGAAAAUAAGAUUAAAGUCAUUGAGACUAUUAGAACUGUUACAGAGAAUAAAAUAUUUGUUGAAGUUGAAAGGGCUCGUGUCACUAGAGAUCUUUGUAACAUUAAAAGAUCUCGAGGUAAGAUAGAUGAAGCAUGUAACCUUUUAUGUGAAUUGCAAGUGGAGACUUACAGUUCGAUGGAGAUGUUUGAAAAGAUUGAAUUCAUACUUGAACAAAUGGAACUUUGUAUAUUAAAGGGGGAUUUCCAGCAAGCCACAGUUUUGUCUAGAAAAAUUCUGAAAAAGACAUUCCAGAAUUCAAAAUAUGAAUCAUUGAAAUUAGAUUAUUACAAUUUGUUAAUUAAGAUCGGUUUACAUAAAAAUGAAUAUUUAGAUAUUGCUCAAUAUUAUCAGGAGAUUUACCGUACAGAAUGUGUGCAAAACGAUGAACAAAGAUGGAAGGAUGCCUUGGUCCAUAUUGUAUAUUUCUUAAUUCUUUCUCCAUAUGGGAAUUUACAAAACGAUUUAAUCCAUAAAGUAAAAUUAGAUAAUAAUUUGAAAAAAUUAGAGAUUCAAGAAUCUAUGAUUAAACUUUUCACCACAAAAGAGUUGAUGAGGUGGCCAAACGUAAAACAAAUUUAUGGAACCGUCUUAGAAAAGGAUCCGGUUGCAUUCGGUGGUGAAAAUAAUAAAAUUCAUUGGGAACAAUUGCAGAAGAGAGUCAUCGAGCAUAAUCUUAGAGUUAUCUCUGAAUAUUAUUCUAGAAUCACACUUGGAAGAUUGAAUGAGUUACUGGAUUUAUCAGAGGCUGAAACUGAAUCAUUUAUUAGUGAUUUAGUGAAUCAAGGUGUCAUAUACGCAAAAGUUAAUAGGCCAGCAAGAAUCGUCAAUUUUGAAAAACCAAAAGUUUCAAGUGAACUGUUAAAUCAAUGGUCGAAUAAUGUUGAUGAGUUAUUGGAGCAAAUUGAAACUAUUGGUCAUCUAAUUACUAAAGAAGAAAUUAUGCAUGGAUUGAAGGUGUGA